AUGUCAGAUGUCGAGAAAUCGUUUGCGUUCCUACAAGAUGGUAUACCGCAAUGGCUACAGGAUGUUACUGUGAUACAAGAGAAGGUCACGGCUAUGCAGAAUGAAAAUAUCAAUGUGGUUGUGUCUCGGUCACCAUUUGCAGAGCGCGAUACAAGCUCUGUGGAAUUGAUAAGGGCGGGCAAUCUGGAUGCCGUUGUGGAGGAAGCUACGCCACCAAAUGAGCCACUAGCAACUCCUCUGGCGAAUCGCAAACGAAAAUCGACCUCAGUCAUAUCGGAUCGCGCAUCCGGUCCGUCAAAAUAUCGCCCGAGGACAAUGGUUGUUAUCACAUACGAUGGGGAUAUACAGAAAUCAUUCGAGCUUCUUGUGCGAGCAAUAGGGACGGGUCGAAACAUGCUCCGGAAAGCCAAGAUGCAAGCUAAGAUGAGCGAGUUGGCUGCAGUUGUUGGUUCGAGCGAGGAUGAAGACGAUGACGACGACGAUGACGACGACGAAGUUUUUAUGUCAAAGGCCAACUACCGUCCACGUAUAACUGCCAUGCGCAUGCGAGCCGCGGCAAGGAGUGGUAAUGGACGUGGAGUCGGUGGUAAUUCGAAUACGCCCGCCGCGCUAUUCGAAACCGUAGACAAGACAUUGGAGCAAGCACAGAGUUUGUGUGAGAAAUCAGCACAUCUGACACUGCGGGAAGGCGAUUGUAGGAAAGAACUAGAUGGCGUUCGCAAACACUUCGAAGAGUUACUGGAAACGGCAAAAACUGAGGUCACAAAAUGUAACGCCAAAAAAUCGCAAGAUAUACCAGAAUCGCCAGCACAGGACACGUCCGACACAUCGGUCUCGUCGAUGGAACAACCUUCGUACAACAAACGUUUUGAACGCAUGGCGAGACCAACACCCGAGUUGGCGCCACAGCCACACGGUGUACUCCUACCCAUGUCUACUGAGAUAGCACCCACUACAACCAAAAUACUGCACAUUGAAGUCGGCGACGACGAAUCAGACGAAGAGACGGACUUUGUCAUGCCGCCUGUCAGGUUGACGUCCCGCCUUACCGGUCGUACUUGA